AGCAAAACAAGUUCCAGAAGAGAAGCACCAUGCUACAAAGGUUCAUUAAAGGUUUCGAUUCGGUGAACAACAACCAAUAGUGUCCCAUACAAUAUCCAAGGGUUAAUUUUUUACCAACAACAUUUUUAGACUUUUUCUAAAUCGUUAUAAAUUGUUAAGAAAUGUGGAAAUCCGUAUCAAUACUUUCAGCAUCAAUAAUUAUCACUUUCUUUCUUAUACAACUAUCAAGUACAUGUAAUGAAGCAGUUUGUGGAAGUAUAGUAAGCAAAUGCUUGCUAACGCAAUCGUGUAAAUGCGAUUAUAACAAUUGUACAUGUUGCAAAGAAUGUUUCCACUGUUUAGGAUAUAGUUUUACGGAAUGUUGUUCGUGUGUUGAUAUGUGCCCUAAAUUAAAUGAUACGGGUUUAUCACUAAGCAAACAAUCUUCUAUAGAGGAUUUUCAAGAAAAAGUCCCAGGAUUAUUUACAGCACUCACCGAACAACCAGACCCGGAAGAUCGAUGGAUAAGUUAUACUUUUGCUAUUCAAUUUGAUCCUUUACAAUUUGCACCAAGCACAAAAGAUUAUAAACUACAAUUACAAAGCUCAGAUCCAAACGGAAAACCGUUACCCACUCCAAAUUGCACAGUUGCUUUUAUGACCAAUUGUUUGAGUCAUUCAAAAUGUAGAGCACAUUGUCAAUCUAUGGGGGCGAGUAGCGUUCGAUGGUUUCAUAAUGGAUGCUGUGAAUGCGUUGGAGAUAGUUGUAUCAACUAUGGAAUUGGAGAAUCUAAGUGUUUAAAAUGUUCUUCAAUUGAACUAAAUACAAUAGACGAAGAGAAUUACGAUGAUUAUUCUUAUGGAGAGGGUGCAGAUGAUAACAUGGAAUAGUAAAUAAUUCUUUUAAAAGCUUAACUUUUAUGUCUCUUUUGCGUAGAGAAAUUUACGUAAAUCGUUUAAGACAUUUUGCCUUAAUUAAAUCUUAACAAUCUCUUUCAAAAAAUUUUAGACAAAUUUUUGAAUUGAUUUGAUGAAUUUGAUAAAAAGAUAUUAAAUAGAAAGAUAUUC